AUGACGGCAAUCAAAGAGAACCUCAAUUCUGUCUUCGACCCGGCAGGUCGAGGUCUCGAAGCAGACAUCCUCGAAGUCCUCCAAUCCAUCCUGCGCCUACACUCAAUUACCCCCGAUGAAUUGUUCAUAAAAUGGGAAGUCUACUCUUUGAAAAUGGGCGAGGAGACAAAACUCGAUCUCUCCACUGCAAGACUCUUCGCCAAAGAUGUCCAGGAUAAUGUCGAACGAGGAGCCCAAGAAAGACAUCAAAAACAAAAUGGCCGUGUCGGAGGGGGUGGCUCUGAAAGGAGGACCACUGCCCAUGCUACACCACGUUCUAUGGGAGCGGGUGAUGUCUUUGGCAUGCUUGACGAACUCACCCCUAACACCCUUUCUCGACGAAAUGGAAGUGUCAAGAGAAAAGCCGAUUUCGAGUCACCCAUGCCCAGGAAGAUUAAUCGUCCAGAUACCGGGAAGACCCCGAGCAAAGUCAUUAAUGGUGACGGUCCAACAGGUGUUCCCUUCUCGGAACGACCGAACGCGGGACAGAUCAUUGAAACACUCAACGACCAUCUCACAGCAGCGGACGCUCCAAUCGCUCCAUUCUCAGAAGCUCGCAUUCGUCUGAUGGCCAACACAGAUUGGAAGAAAUUUGCCUACAAACCAAUGUCGAUGAGACUUUCCGACUCCUCAGAAGUCUUGGAUGAGCGGAUCGAGGAAUUCAUGGCCUUGGUCCAACAACAUCACAGGUUAGACGACACGACAUUCGGUAAUGCUGCGGCUCAAAGCACGAGCGAGAUCAUCGCUGUUGGAAGAAUAGCCUCAGACACUUCCGAGGGAAAGUUGAAUGCUGCUUCAUUGGUGUUGGAGAUGUCGAGAAAAUGGGGUGCUGGUUUGAGAGUCCCUCUCAAGGUGGAUGAACUCGCGUCAUAUCAGUUCUUCCCGGGCCAGAUUGUCGCAAUGAAAGGCACAAAUGCAUCAGGCCUGUAUUUCACAGUCAAGGAAGUUUUGUCUGUCCCUCGACUGGCCAUGCCAUCAUCCACCGUUCAGACCAUCGAUACUAUCAACGACAAACUUGAAGUGUCGGACUCCUCAUCCUCCCUACCUCUCAACAUCAUGAUCGCCUCAGGUCCGUAUACUGCCGAAGACAACCUCGAUUUCGAACCGUUUCAGACCAUUUGCGACAAGGCUGCCGAAACCAUGGCAGAUGCACUGAUUCUUAGUGGCCCAUUCAUUGACAUUGAACACCCUAUGAUCGCAUCUGGCGAUUUUGAGCCACCCACGAUCAAAGGCUCGAAUCAAGACAUCGAGGCCACCAUGACCGCACUGUUCAAACUUUGGAUCUCCGCGCCUUUACAGCGCCUCUGUUCUGCCGUCCCCUCAAUUACGAUCGUCCUUGUCCCGUCGGUGCGCGACGCCAUUAGCAAACACGUCAGCUGGCCACAAGAACGACUCGUGCGAGGACCGCUUUCCCUCCCCAAACAAGUCAGCAUGCUUCCUAACCCAAGCUUUGUAUCCCUCAAUGAGCUGGUCAUUGGCAUUUCAUCACAAGACAUCCUCUACGAACUGAGCCGUGAGCAGUUGUCACACGGUGCAACGACCGACCUGUUGACGCGGUUGCCGGGAUAUCUUAUCGAUCAGAGACACUUCUUCCCUCUAUACCCACCCAUGGCCCGUGACAAGCUGACCAGCAAUGGUAUCGUCAAGGCCACGGGUGCCUGUCUGGAUCUCGGAUAUCUCAAGCUGGGGUCUUGGUUGAACGUACGGCCAGAUAUUUUGGUGUUGCCUAGUAUGUUGACACCCAGUGUCAAGGUUGUUGAUUCCGUUAUGGUCAUCAAUCCUGGUCAACUGUCCAAAAGAAAAGCUGCCGGCACGUAUUCGCAGAUUUCGUUGCAUCCGCGCAUCAUCAAGGACGAAGAGAAGUCGGCUGCUUCAGUAACGCAUAAUGCCUUUGACAGGGCAAGAGUAGAUGUCGUCAGAGUUUGAUGCUUAAAAGGCCAUGAAUGUUGAGUUGAGGACGUUGAAUGACCAUUGUACCUGGCAAAUUGGACGUGAGGAUGGUUUCUGUAGGAUGUCCUCGG